GUAAAAAAGUUUAAAAUGCGGGAAAGUGUAAAUAAAGGAAAGACCAUAAAAUGUAUCACAGCUAACCUUAUUUAGCAUGUUUGACUUUCAAGGAUAAAAAUAUUAAUAAAAAUAUCACAGCAUUAGGAAGUUGUACAAAAAAAUUUUACCAAUUUACCGUUUUUAUCGCUUAAGCAUCGCACAUUUUAAAUUUUAUUCUAAAAUCAAGUUUGAAAAUUAGGGGUGAGACCGUGGGUGCUACUAUUAUGCAAAAAAAAAAGUUAAUAAUCCAUAAAACAAAACCUAUUCAUGGAAAGUACGUUUAUUUAAAAAGUAGACUUUGCAAGAGCACGCCAAAUAAUUUAAAUUAAUGAGUGAUGCAAUAAAACCAUUUUAUUCAAUUCAAAAAAAAGAAACCAAUAACAAGAAUGUGAUUUGUAACUAUACGCAUAACGAUCGUAAGGGUUAACUCGGUUGCUGACAGAGCGCGCGCGUGCAUGCAGUCUGCGAGCUAUCUAUAUAAAUCUUCGACUACGUGCGCACACUCCAUACGGGAAUACAGGAAUCAACAGUAUCAACACAACCAAACUGGCACUGCUUACGUUUUUAUAAGUGGUAUAAAGCGACUCACGAGACGUUAAAGAUGAAGUUUAUAACUUUUAAAAAGUCUUUAAAACACGAUUUACACAUCAGAUUACUUUGUAAUAGGAUUAAUUAAGUUAGUAAGCAAUUUUAUCAGCGAACGGCGUAAACACCGUAAAGCAAUAGGCGCUUUGUAAACAACGGGAAUUUAUUGCAUUACAUCAAAUGAGGUUAAAACGGGACAGAAAUAAAAUGGUUCAAAUAACGGGAAAACGUAAAUAACGGUAGCGUAAAUAAGGGGUUUCGCUGUAUAAUUUUUGUAAAUGGAAGAUGUAAUCGUCCAUUUACAUUUCUUUAAACAUGAGGGGGGGGGGGGAUGCCUUAUAUUAGUGUAUCCGGACUAUUGAUGGCCCGAUAUUCGAUAUCCGAUAUCGGAGAUCGGUAAUAUCGGCACAUUUUUCAAUAUCGGACAUUGGUAAAUACUUGCGAUAUUUUGAUAACCGAUGUUUGCUCUCGCCAAUAAUACUUCUCACAUAACCUUAACCGUAAUUCCAAGCUUAUUUUCCGCGGGCGUAAUUUAUCUAUCUUCACGUCACCAUAUUACCUAGUAAUUUCAAGCAUAUUUUUCACAGAAACAAUUUCAAGAUUUCAAGCCUAUUUCUUCUUUCUGAUACUCCAAUGCAUCCCGACGGUACAAUUCUUCCAUGUGUACACAAAUCCCAGUGGUAAAUAUUUACUUGGGCGGUAUUUCCGAAAACAAAUGUUAAAAAUCCGAAAAUACCUUUAUUUAAUGCUCUUCAACUUCCUCUUUUCAUUAAAAGUGGCGGAGGUAAGAAAUUCCAAAUACUUUAGGAGAUAUCGAAUUUUUAAAUUUCAUCAUAUGUAGUUGAGCGGUAUUUGCAAAAAAAAAAUGUUAAAAAUCCGAAAAUACCUUUAUCAUAUGCUCUUCAACUUCCUCUUUUCAUUAAAAGCGGCGGAGAUAAGAAAUUCCAAAUACUUUAGGAGAUAUCAAAUUUUUUAAUUUUGCAAUACAAGACCUGUGGAACCAUUCGAGCGGCGCCAUUUUUGUUAUUUUGCCGUGUGUUCGUGAAUACGUGAAUCGUGAAUGCGUAAUUAAUAAAAUGGUUGAUUAGGUCAGGUCAGUUACAUUAUUAAUACUUUCAAACUAAGCCGACAUUAAAAAUUAUUUUGUGAAUUAAUUUUAAUGGCUGUUUAGUUUUAAAAUAUUUAUAAUAUAACUGACCUGACCAAACAAACCCGGACAGAGGGUGAACAGUAAACUAAAAUGGUUGAUUAAGUCAGGUCAGUUACAUUAUAAAUACUUUCAAACUAAGGUGAUAUUAAAAAUAAUGUGAAUUAAUUUUAAUUAUUCUUUAGUUUUAAAUUAUUUAUAAUGUAACUGACCUUACAUAACAAACCCAUAACAAAGGAUGUACAGUAACAACUCACGUAAAUUUUUUUGUUACUUAUUACUUGCGCAACAAUAUCAAAAUAACAAAUAAGACUUUAAAAUUAGAAACGUUAAAAACUCACCUAAGUUGGAGGCGGUAAUUAAACACCGUUUUAAACAAUAAUUGAACUAAAUAAUCACGUAUUAGUUCAUUUGAAUUCUGGCCUAUCACGAACAAUCACGUGACAUCAUUAUCCAAUAAAAAAAUAGAUACUCGUACGUAAACAAGAAACAAUGGUGCACGCACGUCAUAGGAAUGCGCUGGUUUUGUGCUGAAAUUUAAAAAUUCGAUAUCUCCUUAAGUAUUUGGAAUUUCUAAUCUCCGCCGCUUUUAAUGAAAAGAGGAAGUGUCAGCCACAACAUGCUUGAACCUCUGAUUUAGCGGCUGAAGUGGCGUUAAUAAACUUCGGAAAUCUUCGGAAAUUCUUGCAGGGAACCGAAACUACGUGAGUUGUGGGCUUCCCGUUUUUCGGACGGUAUUUUUCGUAGAUUACAGUUGAGACACUGGACUCAGUACAUGCAGUGGCUUGUAAUUCAUACAUUAUAAGCAAAUACACUAGAGACUAAUACCGGACAGCUACAAUAUUUCUCAACAUUUCUCCACAAAAAUCUGAAAUUUGUUUCCUUGUUGUUACAAUAUGUUUUUUGCAUACUGUAGGUAAUACCUACACCAGAAUAUUGCUUUAUCUGGCCUUGAAAAACAAUUUAAAUUUUUAAGACCUUGAAUUUAGAGAGCUUAUUUGUAGGCCAUUAUGAUAAAUUCAUUAUUAGCUUUCAUUUAACGUGAAUUUACUAUAUUUUACAUUUAAUAAAAACAAUAUACAUUCACAUAUGUAUGUUUUAUUAAUAUUUAACAUUUUUCAUUAUUGUCUCUAACAAUACUCCAGAACCACAAUUUUAUAGAAUCAGUGUUAGAAAUGAGAUAGGCCUAUUAUCAGAAUAUCGGAAUAUCGGGUAUCGGUUAUCGGAUCGGUAAAUUUGGAAAUAUCGGAAUCGGUAUUGGUAUCGGGUUUUUGGAUAUCGGGCCAUCACUAAUCCGGACCAGAUUUUGCAAGUCGAAUUAUUGUAAAAUGAAUUCGAUUUGAAUUGACGAAUCGAAUAGCAAAAAAUUCGAACUCGAUUUCGGAAAUUUCGAAUAUUCGCAGAACCCUAAUUUUAUGUUGGUAGUUUCUAACUAAUCAUUCUAAUUAUUACUAUACAGUAUUUUUAUUGUAGUUAACACAACUCACCAACAUUCACAGUAUUUUGAAGUAUUUUAAAUUUUACUACCCUAACCUAACCAAUUGUCCAAGUAAGCAAACACAGUUUGGAAAUUUUAAUUUUUCCUCUCCGGAGAAACGUGGCUCACCUUCCGAAUUAACUCUUAAAAGUCUUUGUUUCCUGACAAUGGAAAAUACAAUUAAAUAACCCAAACACAAUAGUAUCUGGGUAGCCCGGCAUCAACACGUAUCUAAUAGGCAAUAAUUGUUAUUCAAUACUACUAAAAAUAAAGGUUUUCACAUACAAAAAGUGUUAUUAGUUUAGUUUUUCAAAGAAUAACUUCAUACCAUAAUAUUGUCGAGCUCCCCACUCCCUCUGUCUGGUCCCCGGUGAUUGCUGGUGCAGGUUGGGCUCGGCUCGAACUCAGAUCUAGGGUGUUGGCCGUCGUGGCAGGGGACGAGGGGUGCCUAUGUUACGAAAUAAGAAGACUGGAUUCUCACCGCGGUGUUUAUUAUGAUGGCGCUUAACAUUCAGUACAAAGAUGCCUUGAAGCUCAGUCUGUCUCAGGUCUUAACACAGUGUUAGGCGCAUUUACUAGCAAUAGUUGGUGCCCGCGAAUUAGAAUGUUACAUUACGCAGUGUUACACAGGCGGCAGCUCUGCUAGUACAGAGGGUACAGUUUUGUUACGAGACGCACUACAAAUUAUACUGGUAUUUACAAACAGUUUGUGACAGCGGCAUGGCAGUCAUACACUAACUUACUAUUUACACAACUAUUUACACUGGGCCCCGCACGUGUCAUGCACAUAGAGAGGUCCGCUCUCAGCAAUUAAGUCCCUACCAAGUCUCCUAGGAUCUACGUGUGCGCCCGUACACCUGUGGCGUGGUGAUGGUAUUCCUGGCAAUGACUAGAGGGAUAAUGCUGCACGUAUGCCUACGUGGAGCCAAUUCUGGGGCCGGCUGUGAGGCUGACACCAAUCGCGAGCAGAGCUCUGGCAGGACACGUCUGUCGUCUCCGUGGAGUUUUAGACUACUGCCUGGUCUCGGCCCGUGCCGAACCCAAGGCUACGAUUAGUGUGUGCAAAUGCGGCAUGCGCGAGAAACGAGCCAAACUGUGCUGUGUGACGUAUUGUGCUGCAAUCAUAUGUCAACACGCUUUACAUACAUAAAAUACAUAAUAUAUUUAUUAACCAAAAUCUAAAAUAUAUACACAUAGUUUAUUAUCAGUAAAAGUCGGAUUUAGUACAUAGCACACUAUUGACAAUUGAGCGGACGGCUACAGACCUCGAGGCUGUUUGUCGCACACGCAACACUGCACUCAGGUGCAAUCACUUCACAAAUGGUUCACUGACCCACUCACUGCACACGGGGGUAAGAUAAGGGCUGGCAAUGGCAACAGCGACCUUAGCGACUGAGGAGAGCCCGACGGAUGUCGACAAUAUAUAAAAUAUAUAGCUCUAUUUACCUAACAUCCCACUCACCUUCAAAUACAUAAGUUAUUUCAAUCAGGCUGGUGGCAGAGAGCUUACUGUGAUGGGUUUGGUGACAAGGCCUUGUGCAAGAAGCUAAGCCACACCUACUGUCAUGAUUUUGUACAACCUUUUUAUUCACUUCAGUUUACUUGCCACACACUCUUCUGCCAUUGUUACUAACCUCUGAACUAGUCCACACUCACAACACCUAACACCAUCAGGAACUGCAGCUGAUUAAGUGGCAAUGAUGUAAACAAUCUUUGACAAUGGGUCCUAUGGGGAUGUUCACACUUUCCAAAAGUGGUACGUAGCUUUUCCUUAUAAUAAAUAGGGGAACGUGGGGACAUUUGGGACGUUAUUUUUAUUUAUAAUUUUAUAAUUUUUUUUACAUCUACCUUUGAUUAGUGCUGCAAAAAAACAAACGUGAUACUUUGGCUACACAAAGAUCCCAUUAAACAUAAAUUUGAAGUCUCUUGCUGGCUAUAAAUUAAUAAAAUCUUUGAGUAUGCAAAGUGUCCCAAACCUCCCUGCAAUGGGGACGUUUGGGACAUGGGUUGGGGAUGUUUGGGACAGACACAAAUACUUAUAAGCACAGGUAAUAAGUAUUUUUAAAUGUGUUCUUCAAAUGUUGAUCUUUUAUACAAUUUUGACUUAAGCCUAUGUUUGGGACUACCCUCUCAGUUUUUUUCUUGCAAGUCAAAGGCAUCUUGUGGGAAAACCUGAAAUAAGAUUUUAAAAUUAGGUUGGCUUCAGAUGUUAGGCCUAUACAAAUGCCAAGGGUAAUAGGUCUAGAUUUGCAAAAAAAACCGUUUGCAGUAGGAUUUCUAAAAUUCAUUAUUCCAUAUAUAUAUUCCAUAUAAGUAUUCUUAGGCUAAUGCUUAGGGUCUGCUGAAGAAAAUCUCAUAACCUAUAACUUUUUACUUAAGGUUAUUUUUUCCAAAUAAUCCUUAAAAGUAGUACUUUUGUACAAAACUGUCACACUUACCUCUAGUUCAAUGUUGACAGAAAUGUACAGUCAUAAUUUCAAUGUUGAAUCAUACAGAUUUUAGGUAAAAAACAGUUUUUAAUUUAUUAAGAAGACAUCACUAUCUGAAUCUUUUCAAGAAAACACCUACAACAAUUGGAGGGAAACAGCUGUUUACACAAAAAAAAUCAAUGUAGUUCUACCAACAUUUCAUGACAAAACAGGAUGUUCCAAACGUCCCUGUGUCCCAAACGUCCCUACAUUCCCCUACACUUUGCUACUAGCCUGGCAUGAAGGUUUCCCAUCCCCUCAAUUCCAUCCAAACCAUAAUGGCCUUGGUUGAUACCUGCAGUGGCAACAACCAACCUAUGGGAUCAUAUAUCUUUGCUAUGACCGACAGAAUGUUCCUUGUAAUGUGAGUCCGAAACUACCUUUACCUCUACCAAUUCUUACUGCAGUAAUAAAGAUUUCUGUAGGGUGUCUACUCCAGUUCAGUUACAUCAUCAUCUACUUGUAUCCGACAAGAACUAGCAGCACGGAGAAACCAUGUCUCUUAUCCUACACAAACUGGUGAAGUGUUAUAUCAAGGAAAUGUGUCGCAAGCACAUGUAAAAUUUUGUUUUUGUAUGGUAUUCCUGUAUUGGGUCACAAUAAUAAAACACCACAGUAUCCUAUGAUGUUCUUGUUGCAGUUCAAGCACAAUUUGUCAGUAACAUUUGCUGUUCAUCAGCAGUAAAUGCAUCCUUCUGAAGUCACAAACUAAGAAUCAGAUUACUGAUGUCACACAGUAGCUUCUUCCUUGUUAAUAAAGUAUUAUCAAGCGAUAGUCCAUAAGAGGUCUUUGCUGAAACAUUAAAUAAGACAAAGUUUUGUGGUCGUGCUGUAUGGUUUCAGUAUGCAAUAAUAAGGUACGCAGUAGACAGAGCUAAUACUGUGUUUUGGUUAAACUACUCUUUCCAUGCAACCUCCCUCUACACAGUCUCUCAAGAAGUCAUUGUAAAGAACUUCAAGGUCCGACUUCCGUCAAAAUUUUCGUUCUAUAUCUUUAAAUCAGUUGAGAGCUUGGGAUUUUCACUCAUCCAGUUCUGGUGUUGAUGUCUUCAAUGAUAACAUCACGGGAGUAACAACCUCAACUUCUCACUAAUGAGAGGCUGUGAGUAUAUCUUCCAACUGAGUCAGGAGUUUCAGCAAUCACAAUUGGAACUUCUUCCAACUCCCAAAAUUUCUGAAUGGCCUCAACUGUGUACAUGAAGCAUAAAAAACAUUUAGGAAGUCCAGCCAUACCUGCACUCUUUUACCCAAGGCAACCUACCAAAAAUUGAAUUCAGUGCUACUGGAGACCCAGGGCUGCCUUCAAUUCCAUCACCAGUUAGCAAGAGAGGGAACAAGUCUGCUCCAAGCAGAGUAUUAAUAGAACCAGAUAUUCCCUUGCGGUUAUAGGCCAUUUUAAAGAUUGAGAGAUGACUCCACACUGACUGGGAACAAUGUGGGUGUUAUGCAACUUCUUACUUAUUUUUUCUAGGAUCAAUGAAUCAAUUGUGAAAUCUUAGAACCGUAAACAAAACACUUGGCAAUUCCUUUCACUGAUACCCCAUAUUUAUCUUGUAGAAGGGUAUUCACUACUUCUAUUAUCCACCACUGCUAAUUGAUAACUGGAUCUGUAAAAAUGGUGUCAUAAUUAUAAUGCAGAUAUUUGGAUAAUGACCUAUUGUGAAGAAAAGCACAAAUAUAUUGGAAGCUUGAAAAUAAAUAUAAAAAUUAGAUUGUUUGGUAAGAUGAAAUCGGUUGUGGCUGAUGGCUGUUAAUAUUAAUAGCACCAUGAACCCUAUUACUUAUACUCUUACUAAUAUUAGGGACUAUAUUAAGUACUGAAUAAAACACAAAUUGUGGAACUUGCACUGGAAUUCAGAUUUAACUGAAUUUUAAAAAUUGAUCUCAGACAAUUACAGUUACAAAACAAUAUGUAACAGUGGGCUUACGGCUACGAUUUUAUGAGUUAAUGACAAAUCUUAUAUGACUCAGCCAUUUGAUGUAGUAUCCUAAUGCGAGAGUACUGAUAACAGUUAUGUAGGUUUUGGAAAGAAAAAAAAAAUAGAAAUGUUAAAGUUUUCGAAGACAGUUCAUUCACACACACAUUGCAACAGAUAGUUAUACCAUUAGUUUACAGUCAUAGAAAGAUGGUAAUCGAGCAGGACCACUGGAUGCAUCAUCUCGGCAUACAGGUGUGCAAGACUAUCAAAGGAAACUAUUCUACAGGUGGUGUUCUGGAACCCUGAGUCAUAAGACUGUGACUCCUUCGGGCAACUGAAAAGUUUGCUAAUGCAGCGAUCUCACCAAUGAAAACCCAGUCGAUGCCUGGACUAAGGAGAAAUGGUGUCAUGUCUGGCCUUGCCUCGACAUGUAAGCAGUACACAACCAAUGCAGAAGUUCGGCUAGUAUAGUCGUACUUAAACAGUGUGGAAUAUUUCUGUCAAUAGUCAUGCUCAUUUUAAGUAGCAUGGUCUCCAGACUCGCGUGUUAUUUUCUCUUGAAAGCAGCCCAGAUGGUGAGGCGGCGUAAUUUUGAAUUCCUCGCAUUUCAGACGUUUGGACCAAUGGGGAAAUUUUUGGUGGAGCUGUGCAUUAUUGGCUUCUUAAUGGGAACUUGCAUUGCGUUUUUCGUGGUUAUGGGUGACCUGGGACCUGUCAUCGUAGCCAAGACGCUGAACAUUGGUGAUUCAGCUGCUUUGCGGCCCAGCGUCCUCAUUGGUGUUGGUUUGUUUGUCGUGAUCCCCCUCGGCUUGCUGCGCAACGUGGACAGUUUGAGUAGCGUCUGCACGGCCUCUGUUGUCUUCUACAUCUGCUUCGUGUUGAAAGUGGUGGUGGAGUCCUUGCCCCACCUGCUGGAGGGCGACUGGCUGGACAGUGUGCACUACUGGAGGCCUGCCGGAGUCCUGCAGUGCAUACCCAUCUUCUCCAUGGCGCUCUUCUGCCAGACCCAACUGUUUGAAAUAUACGAGUCCAUACCUAAUGCAUCAUUGGAACAAAUGAACGAGUUGAUUCGUAAGGCAGUGAACAUCUGCACCUGUGUCUACAUAAGUGUUGGCUUCUUCGGCUAUGUGGCUUUCUGCACUCAGAACUUUUCAGGCAAUGUGCUCCUGAGUUUUGCUCCAUCGCUGAUGAGUGACGUUAUAAAACUUGGAUUCGUCAUGUCAGUUGCCGUCAGCUUCCCCCUCACCAUUUUUCCGUGCCGUGCCAGCAUAUAUUCACUGUUGUUCAGGCGUCCGCAGGUGGGCCACCACGACGGGGUGCCCAGCCACAUCCCGGAGGCCCGCUUCAAGUGCAUCACGCUCCUGGUGGUGGGUCUGGCGAUGGCGGCAGGACUGCUGGUGCCCAGCAUCGAGCUGGUGCUGGGGCUGGUGGGCUCCACCAUCGGCGUGCUCACGUGCAUCGUGUUCCCUGCAGUGGCGUUCGUCCGCGUCAGCACCAAGGGAUCCCGCGACCGCCUGCUGGCUCAGGUGGUAUUGUUUGUGGGGGCACUAAUCUUGGUGCUGGGAACGUAUGCGACACUUUAUGCAUCCAACGAAGCUGUGGCCAAACUCCAGGUUCAACAGGACGCUCGACCCAACGUCGUCCAACAUGAAGCUCCGCACGUCGUGGACGUGAACCUGCAGAUGAACAAAGAUAAACCGCCUGACACAGCAGUGGAGCUGAAGACGGAGCCAGCGGCGGCCGUCGUCGGAGCCGAGCCCAGCCGGCCACCGGCGCCGGGCGAUGCAGCGCGGCCGGCGGCAGAGAGCCACGACGUGAGGCAGGAGCCCCCGGUGCCCGUGGAGCCGGCGGCCGUGCCGGUCCAGGCCACCAAGACCCCCGUCAACCUCGAGGCACCCACCCCUCUGCCGGACGUGAAGCUGGCAGUGGAUAGCAAGGUGGCGGCGGAGCAGGUGAUCCAUCAGGACGCCAUCAAGAAGGAGGACGAGGCCCUGGCGGAGGCAGGGGCGGCAGCAGGGGUUGGGAAGGAGGCAGUGGAGGAGGCAGGACCCAACAAACAGCAGGUGGAGCUGCUCUUGAAGCUCGAGGAGCAUAAGGAGGAGCAAAAGAAGCUGCUUCAGGAGCAGCAGGAGAUACUACAGCAGCUGGACCGACACAAGGAAGACUUGGAGAGGAGCAAGAAGCAGCAGCAGCAGCAGCAGCAGCAGCAGCAGCAGCAGCAGCAGCAGCAGCAGCAGCAGCAGCAGCAGCAGCAGCAGAUGCUGCAGCAACAACAGCAGCAGAUUUUGCAACAACAGAAGCAACAACAACAAAAUGAACAACAGCAGCAGAUUUUGCAACAGAAACAACAAAAACAAGAAAAAGAACAGCAGCAGAUUUUACAACAGAAGCAACAACAAAAGGAACAACAGCAGCAGAAAAUGCAACAACAGCAGCAUCAGCAAUAUAAACAACAGCAGAAGCAGAACAAGACAGUGUCAGCCGCCACCUCAGCCCCAGCUGUGCCCAGGCCUGACGUCCCCAUCAACGCUGCCGGUUCAGAAGGGGUUGUGAGCGCCAGGCCGCAGGUGUCGCAGCCCAGGACGCCGGCGAACAAGAGCCGCGCCACCAAGCCACGCAGCAUCAUCCCCCUGCCCCUGGCCGUACAGGACGACUCCAAGCUGUACGGCCAGGCGCUGCAGCAGGUCGCCGAGAGCCGCCUGGCCCCCGCAGGACGGGAGGAGAAGGUCCUUCAGAGGGACAUCUUGUCGAACCUCGGGCCGAGCCACGAGCGAGAGAGGAGGAGUGCAGAGGAGCAGUCGGCCGAUCCUCCGAUCCAACUCCCCGACAGCUUCUGCGACGUCCUCCCAAAAAAUACAACUGCUGAGGGAAUUGCACCAGGUAAACCAGCAAUCUCCCGUGAGGCCAUUUUACUGAAAACUGAGAAUAAAAGUGUUCCAAGCGAAGUUAAAUUUUAUAGCGGCAAGCAUGAUGACAGUUUGAAACUGAGAAAUGUGACUGUCUUAGCUGGUGGUGUUAAGAAGUCACUGCGUUCUCAUAAUGAGAGUAGGAAAAUUAUUAAAGAUAAAACUGACUCAGAAUCUAUUAUGAAAAUGGCGCCGUACCUUUCAGUGCCGUCAUUAGAUGGUGAUUUAGUUAGUGGUAUCAAUAAUGCAGAUGGUUGGAAGCAUUUGGAAUCACUGGUCAAGCCAAUGUCACGGGACCUGAAAUCUGUCAUGUCACAACAGAUUUUGCACGAUGCCAAAAUCAGUGCUCCAAAAUUGUCAGAAAAGUUAGAGGUUACUGUAACGGGGAAUUCAAUCGCUGGUGAACUAUCCAUGAGUACUGUGGGUGUUAAUGCAUCAGGACGAGAGGAAGUAUCUGGAAUAGCUGCAUCCCAAAAUUUGAAGCCUGUCACAGCUCAAAAGGUAAAUAACUUGCAUGAUGAUGCUGCAAGACUGUUAGAAGUGCACAGGUUCAUGGUUCAGAAGUCUACACAUAAUGUAAGUGCUGAGUUCCUGAAUCAUUCAGAAAUGGUCGUGAAACCCAUGUCACGAGACCUAAAGUCGUUAUUCCAAGAAGCAAAUGGUGUUAAUGUAACUGGUCUAACACCAUCAGGAAGUGUGUUGAAUUCCACAUUUCCAAAACCUUAAGUCACACACAGAUCAGUCAUCAGCUGUAGUUGAAGAAAUCAAGUUAAAAUAGCUAUUGUAUUGUCUCAAACAUGUCAGAAAUUUUUCUCUAAAUUUAUAAAGAAAAUGCACACCCCAAUUAUAUUCAAGCAUUUCAGAAACUGCAAGAAAACAAAAAAUAUAGAUGUGUGUACCUUAAAAAUAUGGCUAUUUUAUACUGAACGUUAGAAAAAUUUUUAAAUUUUACAAUAGUGCAAAACCUUUUUUUAUAAAUAUGUAUUCAAUAUUUUGAAAAAUACAAAUUGUUGAUUUGCAACUUGUAAAAUAAUUAAUGUAUAAAUUAUGUUUGAAGAUGUGUAAUCAUGUGACCAGCAGGUUCCCAAUAAGUACAUUAGGUUAUUUGUAAGCAACAAAGCUAAUUAUUUUUGGGUGUUUUAAUCUACACAACUCUUUUUUUUCUUCUCCCAAAUUGUAAACUGAAUAGCAAUAGGUCAACUUGAAUGCGAGCUGACUUAUAUUCGGGACAAUACGGUAUGUAACAUUACUUGAAAGUUCCUGAAACUUUGCUCUUGUUUCACACUUGGUUAUGAAGUAACAUAAAUGUUACUGGUUUAGCAUUUCUGUGUUUCUCUGGCGGUUUUGAAAGACUGAGGUAUUUUUAGCUUGGACCUAUAUUUUUAUGAAUAGAAUUUUCGUGGUUCCUAGUUUGCAAGAUGGUUAAGAAAUUUUAUGGUUUUUGAGUUGUGUGAGGUGCCUGGAAUAUUUCUUUGAAUGAUGUGUGAUUUAAGUGAGUAAGACAACUGAGACUGAGCUCAAUAGGAUAUUGGUAGGACUGGCAAAAUUUUUAACUUCAAUGUUCUUUAGGCUGGACUGCACAAUCCUCUGCACACUCAAGCAAAUACCACCUUUUCAUUGGCUGCUCAUUUGAGAAACAUCUCAAUUGACACGAGCCCUUGAUUAAAUAAAUUUUUGGUGCAGCCCAAAGGUAAAUGUGUAUUAAGAAAUGAAACUGCUAAUUUUUCUGUUCUCCACUGAUUAAGAAUGAUAUAUACUGACUCAAUCCUGGGAUUACCUUUAGUCUUCCUUGUUUAUUUUUGCAGAGCAUUCAUGCGAACAAUAUAUCCUACUGUACUCUGUCGCUGGCCAAGUACCCUAUUUACACAUUGCAUUUAAAGUCUAAUGAUUUAUGUAAUUCAAUAUUUUCCAGUUAUUCUGAUUUUUUUUUUUUUUUAUGGUUUCUUUGAACACACACUCUCAUUAAGUUUGUAACUACUGUAAGCAAUUGUUAACCAAGAAAGUUGUUAAAUCUUAUCUUCAUGUGCAGUAGCAUUUUUCUGGCUAAUGUCACGAUAACUCUCCGGUCUCCUUAAUGUAAUAAUUUUUUUGUUAAAAUAUAAAUUUCUUGUCAUACCUUGCAAAAUACAGUAGUUACUCAAAUGUAAGAUACCAUUGAUUCUAAGAUGAAUUCCUUUUUUGAUCCAAUGUUUGUCUUUAACAGUGUGUACAUAGUGAGCCUACAGUUAUAUGUAGGAUUUUAAAAAGUAUCAAAAAGUUGGAGACCCACUGCUCUGAAAGAACAUUUCUUACCUACAAAUAUAAGCUGUACUUAAAUGUAAGCAACAUACAGUAAAACCUCUAUAUAACAAAACUGAAGGGACUGAAUUUUUGUGUGUUUGUUAUAAAGUAGUUCUUUAUGAUAAAGUGGAAUGAUAUAAGGGAACUGAGUUUACAGCUUUACGAUAUCAUAUUUUCACUAUUCAUUGUGUUAUUGAUGUGGAAUAACAAUGCUAUUUAGAAAAAUGGAUUAACAAUAUUGCAGUUAACUUCAUUAUAGUACACAGACAUCAUUCACAGGAAUCGUGUUCACCUUCAGCAUCUAAGUCCAGUCCAGGAUCAAGUGGGUUAACCCCAGAGAAGGAAUUUGCUAUGCCAAAUAGGGUGGGCUGAAAAAAAAUAAACUUUUUUUAUUUUUAAUUGCUAUAGUGCGGAAAAGUUGCCUUUAACAGUAAGAAGAAAAACUAUGCAAAGUCUAACAAGUAUUGCUGGUCUUUGCUGAGCAUAUUCUGUCCACUACUGGAACCAAACAAUCUAUAGAUUCAUACGCCACCACACGAAGCAAUUCACAUCCAGUAAGCUGUUGUCCUAUAGGUUCAGAAAAAGAUUUUGGCCCUGUGGUUGAACCAUCUAAAUGCUGGAAAAUAUGACGGAAAGGAAGUUCAUUGAAGUGCAGUAGACACACACUCCACUGUAGUGGUCUUCCCACGUGCAGUUCUAACUGACGAAUGACGCCAUUCUUCCAGCCAGUGUUGGUAACGGUGCCAUCGCACCCGAUCACUUCUAGCUUUUCAAGCGAUAUUUGAAGUUCAGACAGAUGAGAAGUGAUGCUUCGAGUAAUGUCGGCUGAAAAACUCGAUAUAGGAGAAACAUGUCCAAUGUAAGUCGACCCAGGUUCCUGAAUCAGAGAAUAAUGUUCUUCUUUUCUGCUCCUACGAAAAUGCUUGGCAUUUAUUUUUUUGACAAAUAGAGUGUCGUCUUUUCAACCAUCAAAGUAAAGUUCACAAAUUUCUUUGUUAUAACUUCUCUGCAAAUCAGUCCUGACACGACUCUUUUCUCUUCUAAUUUUAUUCUUGUCAACGACGUGAGAAAAGUCUGUGUCAGUUAUCAUUACAAUGUCUUGUAGAACACUUGAAGCUAUGGCAGCUGUCGCACGAUCUGAUACUCCAAAUCGGUCACUGCUUAACACUGUUGCGCUCAUCACGAUUGUACGACUUCCUGAUGUAAUAAGAAUCAUGGUAAGCAUUAAUCAGCUGAACUAUUCUGUAAUCAGAAACUGUUGGGAUUGAUGCUUUCUUGUACAAACAUUUAAUUUUUUUUGCUACAGUCUUGGCUACACUAGAAAAACUUACACACGUUAUUUGACUGGAUAGAUAGCUUGAAUCGCUCUUCAGAACAGCAUCGGAGAAUACAUUCAUGCGUUGGUAGUUUGCUGUGAAGAAAAUCUCUCGGGUGACCAAAUAUGGGGCAUUCAAAUGCCUGUCUCGUAAGUUUCUUCUUCGGCACAGCCAUCAUUACAUGAAGUAGUGAUUUAGUGUUUCAAAACAUUACAGUGAACUAUACUAACCAAAAUCAACUAACAGGAAUCAACUUAACUGUAUAUCUUAAAUUAUCUAACACAUUAACAGUAUACACGUGCACGCACCUCAAACAAUACAGCACCAAAACCAGUGGCCAACUGACAACUGACGAGUCACGACAGGCCCUGGAAGGAGGCGAGAGAUGUAGUGGGGCAAGGGAAAUAGAGGGAGGUGUGAGCGCGGCAGUAGUGCAAUGGAGGGGGUAAAUGACGACUAGAGGGAGGUGUGAGCGCCAGAGUAGUGCAAAGGAGGGGGUAAAUGACGUCUCAUUUUUAAGAAACAGUUAUUAUAAACGACUAACACAAUUAUUUGCAUAGGCAAUAUUUUUCAUAGAACAAAAAUUAUUGUAAAUCUGUAAGAUAAGAAGCACAAUGAAAGUCUGAAAAAUGAGGAAAAUUCCCACUUUUUGAACGUAAUGCGCGACCGAUAAAUACCGUAAUAUUAUUGAAGUUUGACUUAAUAUUUCUUUAUUCAACCCUAAAAUAAACAUUGCAAACUAUAGGGUGUCCAUCAUAGAAGUAUAAGUUGAUUAAGAAAAUAAAUAAAAAAUGUUCCAUUGUUGUCAAUUUGUAUAAACUUUCGGCACUAUGCGCGACCGGAAGAUAUCAACUGAUUUGAAAUUACUUUGCAUAGUUUUUCUUUUUACCGUUAAAGGCAGAUUUUCCGCACUAUAGCAAUUAAAAAUAAAAAAGUGUAUUUUUUUCAGCCCACCCUAAUGCCAAAUCUGUCCAAAAUCUCACCGAUGUAGCUCUCCUGCAAGUUCUUCGCAAUUCCUGGUGAUAGUCAUACCUAGAAAAUAACUGGCUGGGCCGAAGUUUUUCACCUCAAAACAUUUCUGGAGAGAUUUCUCCAACAAAUUAUCAACGUACAGAGCAAUUAUAACUAGGUUUUCACCAUCCCUCAAAUAGUAAACCCAGGGAUUGGCUUUUGACUGGAUAAAGCCGAAUUCUGAAAGAACAUUAUUUAUGUUUUGAUUACAGUUCCUUCCUGAUUGCUUUAAUCCAUAUACAGCUUUCUUUAAUUUCCACACUUUAGCAUCUUCAGACAUGCCAAAUUCUUUCGGAGGGAUAACUUUUUUAUAUAUAUAUAUAUAUAUAUAUAUAUAUAUAUAUAUAUAUAUAUAUAUAUAUAUAUAUAUAUAUAAAAGUCGUCAUGGAGAUCCCCAUAUAAGUAUGCUGCUGUUACACCCAUAUGAUCAAUUUUUAAGUCAUCUUUUUCUGAGAGAGCCAAUAUGUAGUAUCUGAUGGAAGGAAUUUGAAAACAGGUGAAUAACCAUAUACCCUCUUUUAUUGCAUAAUUGUCGCAUGAUUUUUUUGGUCCCGCUAUUAGUUUCCAAGCGCUUUGUAUAGGUAUCUUUGCCGUAAAAACAAUGUUUUUUAAACUUAGAAAUCUAAUAUUUAUUCAGACAUUGCCACUUACUUUUUUAGUUAGUGGAAAUACGAAGUUGUCUGUUGUGUAAAUUUUUUUUAAUGACGUUUUUAAACGUUAUAACCUUUAUCUGUUCAUCUGCGUCGCCGCGGUGUACAGCGUAUAAAAAUGUAGCCAGCGCUCAUUGGCAUCAUUCAUGUUUGGUUAUGUUGCUUCCCGUAUAGAGUGUGCACACGUAGUCAAAUAUCGAUAUCUCGCAGAUUGCAUGCAAUGCGUGCUCUCUGUUCAGUGCUGAGUUAACUACAUUUGAUGGCCCACACACCGUGGUGUGUACUAUGAUGUUAGUUAUGCAUUAGUUCAGGCUCGCAUUCGAGUCACAGGUUUUGUUUUUCUAUUUAAAAAGUUGAAGAAAGGUUUUUGUUGCAUGACUUAUUAAUAUAAAUUGUUUGGUGUGCUCUCGUAUACUCACUUUUUUUUAAAUAAAUGUACUUUCCAUGAAUGGGUUUUGGUUUUACGAAUAACUUUACCCAACAAAAAAUUUUUUUUCCACAUAAAAUUUGCGCCACUACUUUUCAAACUUGAUUUUAGUAUAAAAUGUGCUAUGAUUAUUUGAGAAAACACGAUAUCUGACUACAUCCUUUCAUCACAAGGUAAGCCUUAAAAAUUUCUGUUUUAUCAUUAUAGCCAGGUUUGAACUUCAGCACCCAUUUUGUUUUUAGAGGUUAUAUGCCUUUUGGAAACUUUACUUUAUCAAAGACAUAAUUUUUUUUAAUGAAUAAAAUUCUUUCAUAAUAGCUUUUUGCCAGUUCUCGGAAUUUUCCCCUUGUAAGGCUUCAUCAACAUUAAUAUCUUAAUGGGUGUUCGCUUCCUCAGUGAAACAAGUAAUGCUAUCAAACCACACUUUUGGUUUUGGGGGCCGCGUGGAAUGCAGAGUAACCUUUUCUGACUCAUGUUCUACAUGCUGGUCUUCAAAGCCAAGGAAUGGUUCAUCAAUGUCCUCGUCUUGACUCACUACAUUUGUUUUCCUCAGGCAGAAGGAUUGGGCCCAUUGUGCAGUGUACUUCCUUCCACUUCCUCAUGUUCAUGUCAUUCCUAUCUUCUAGGAAAGUCACAUUUCUGCUAAUUUUAACUUUCUUAGUUUCAAGGUCCAGAAACCUAAAACCUUUAGUUGAGUCAUAGUACCCGAAAAAAGUUAGUUUUAUAGAUUUUGGUUCCCACUUUUGUCUAUGAGGUUUUGGAACAUGUACCAUAGCUGUGCAACCAAAAACUCUUAGGUGAGACAAGUGUGGUUUCCUACCAUGCCAGAUUUGAAAGGGUUGUCAUCCCUCCCAAGAUAGAAGAAGAUCUGUUGGUUAAAUAGGCUGCUGUAGUCACUGCUUCUUCCCAGAUAUCCUGUUUUAAGUCUGCAUCGAACAGCAUGUUUGAGCAUUUUCCACAAGUGUUCUUUUGGUUCUUUCUGCCACACCAUUUUUCUCUGGGGUAUAUCUUACUGAGAUGAUGGACGAUACCUUCGGAACGAAGAUAAUUCUUUAUCUCUCCACUCACAUGUGUUUUGAUUGCUCUGCCAGUUUGCUUCUCAACAGUAGCUUUAAAUUCUCUGAAGACUGUGUCGUCUUCAGACUUUGCUUUCAGGAAAUAAACAAACAUAUUUCGAGAGUAAUAAAUAAAAACUGAGAAGUAACGAUGGCCACCGACAGAUGGGGUUUCCAUAGGCCCACAGAUGUCUGUAUGAAUGAGAUUUAGAUUGUUUUCGAAAUGCCUCUUGCUCUGCUUGAAUAUUAAUCGUGAUUGCUUUCAGCUCACAUGGGUCUUCAACUAGGAUGUCUUCAUCCAGACCUUCAGAAUUUCUGAAUUUCAACAUUCCUUUCCUAUUUAAAUGUCCUAGCCUUCGGUGCCAUAGCAAACAUUUGUUUUCUGUGUGAUAAAAUUUCAUAAUUUCUGGGGUAUUCAUGCAAUAAAUUCCAUUUAAGUAGGCAGUUGUAACUAACUCACCGGCUUAGCAUCACGAAUAUGACCUAAAUUCUGUCAUUAUUGUAUUUUGCCAAACUGUAUUGAAAUGGAUACAUUCAACAAUCUUAAUUCUUUUCAAUAAAAAAACUGUGAAACACUUGCUUAAAUUACAAUACUUUGUAAAAUGCAUUAAAUGUAUAUGCGUGUAAAUACAAAUAUGUACCUUUGUAAUAUAAAACAUGUUUUCUAAAUGCAUCCAAGGUUACUAUUUACUGUGAUACUGAUAUGUGUAUACGUAUUAUAUUACAGUAGGUAUAGUUUUACUUUUUGAAUUUUUUCCCACCUUUGUUUUUAUUUUUCAGCUUUGUAUUAAACUCCUUUUGGUAUACAUAAAUGUAAGUAUGUUAGUGUAUUAUAUAUUGUGUGUGUGGUUAAAUUAUUUUGCUAGAAGUAUAUUUUUUUGUGUUAGGGAUUAUUAAACUUAUGCAUUUACUAGUUUUUUUUUUUUACCUGCUUUUGUAAAUACUACAUCUAGACUUUAUGGUUGUAUUUGAUUGUAACAUAUAUGUUUUACAUUCCAUUGCAGCUCCUGUGUUUUAAAAAUUGUCACGAAUGCAUGAUUGCAAAGGUAAACAAAUUUAAUUUAAAAUUAAACCAUUAAUUUCUUUUUCUUUUUCUGGACAUUUAAAGUUGUAUAAGUUUAUUUACAGAUUGUUUAUAUGUAUGCGCUCACUUUCCAACAGAAUUUUCUACACUGUAAAAUGUGAGGUGACCUAGAUAAUAGUCUGUUGUUGUCAAAAAUGUGAUUCUUUGAGUCUGGUCAAAAUUAAUUUAUUGCGUGCUAAACAGGUACUUUGGACUUAACCUGUAGAUCAUUGUGUACCAAGGGAAUUUAUGAUAUGAUGUAAUUAUACUAGAUAACUAGAAUAUCCUUUCCCAUUUAUCUGUUGUCCAAACCACCAAUACCUUAAGAAUAAGAUUUAUACUUUUUGCUCAGGCUUGUAGGAAGCUACUUUAUUUCUGUCUAUAUGAUAUAUUGUGUUACACCUGUUAAAGAAAAUAUUGCAGUACUUGCUGAGGAAAAUUUUGUAUGAUAUAUUUGUUCAAGAAAAUAUAUUUUGUUACCAAUUCA